CAGUUUCCAUAGUGGUUUUGCUGGAAAUGAUAUUUUAGGUGGCAGCAAAGAGUCUUACGAUGAAAGGUUUAAAUGGAGUUGACAGCAUAAUGACGGCAAAGCUGCCCUUGUAACAGCCAGCUUGUUAUACACGUUUGAACUAACUAAUGUCUUUCUCUGUGUAUUAUGUGGCUGCUGGAUUUGGUGACAACUGAUGGAAACCUUUUGGUAAGUAUUGCUGUUACUAUUUUGUUCCGAGUCUUUUUCAACGUUAAUCAUGAAUCAGCAAACAGCUCACUUGUAUACAAAAGGUGUCCCAGUAUCUAUUAUGAACCAAGACUGACAGCUGUGUGUAGUGCUAGGAUUGAGUUCGCUUAUAUGGGCAUAGUACAAUGCCUUAAGGAUAGAAGUUGGUAAAUUGUGCCUCAGUGUAUAAUUGUGAUCAGUGUAAAAGGAAAAAGUAUUUACCAUAUUUUAACAGUGAAGAAAUCAGUGAACAAAGAAAAUUUUCCCCUAAAAUAGAAUAGCUCAUUAUAUAACUGUUGCCUGUGGUUGUGACCUAUCUGGUUUCAGAGAUACUUGCACAGUUAAACUUCUGAAUGUGUUUUUUGUGUGUGUGUGUGUACCUGGAAAUGGGAAGUUGGCAGAUUCAGCAGUAAGAAGUACAGACGUUGUUGAAGAUGCCCCGCACGAAGGCGUCCAGGCGGUCAGCUGUGGCGAGGAAGAGGAUGGCGGACCAGCGCGGUGGAGCUGUCCCGGCUGUGGCUCUGUCUGACGAGGUUAUGCCUUUACCCUCACCCAAAAAGGUCCUGACUGAGACUGGUCCUGUGAGCUGCAGCCCACCUCUUCGCCAGGCCAGCGCUCCGAGCGCUGCAUCUCUGACUGACGGGGUUAUGCCUCAUCCCCACGACGAAAAGGCUCUGUCUGACGGGUCUAUGCCUUUUGCCCACAACACAAAGGUCGGAAAUGACUUGCCUUUUCCCCAUGUUGAAAAGGUCCCUGAGAAGAUUGUACCAUGUGGUACCGAUAAGACGUGCAAUAAGCCUUGUGAUAAACUUGAUCAUUCCGCUGUCAAUGCCUUCGGGUCCAAUACACUCUGCCAUUCCUCUGCCAAUGCCUUCGGGUCCAAUACGCUCUGCCAUUCCUCUGCCAGUACCUCUGUCAAUGCCUUCGGGUCCAUAUCUGAUCAGUCAUUCGAGUCGAACUCUGACGCUGUUUGUGGUGAAAACCCUGUGACUUUAUCUGUCUGUUUUGAUCGUCCUCAGGCACGGACUGUGAGAGGCUCCUUCCAUCAGCGACACCCAAGGUUUGGCGUCAAUAGUAAUAAGCAGUGUGUUGCUAAUAGUGUUACGGCUAUAAUGAUGUCCAGAGUGAAAAACAUGUUAAGCUGGUCUACAAGAGACCUUGACAACAUCCUGCUGAAGGGGGACGACCUGUACAGUAGCAUUAGAGAUGCAGGCACGAUUCAUGAUGCGUCAGGCUACCUGUUUGUUACAGACUUGCCCACAGAGCACGUGUUACAUGGACGCAGGUUUGAGUUGAGCUACAGUGACGAAAUGUUCGUUGGACUGUUUGGUGUCGGUGAAUAUGGUGAAAUGCAGGAUGUGUACAUGUCGCAUGAUGAGGCAAUAAAAACCGUUCUGACGCACUUUGAUGCUUGUUUAUUUACUGUUAAACUGAAUACCUGUGCUAUCGUCAAACAGGGCUCUUGGUAUGCUGUUAUUGACUCUCAUGCACGAAAUGUCCAUGGUGAGGAGGAUAAAGACUCAGAUGUUACGAAGCGUCUCCAAGGCGUCACAUAUGAAAGAACAAUGCAGGAAGCUGAUUAUGGUAGUGCACAGUCCUUCAGCAGCCGCUCUUUUAAAACUCCAGAAGCAGACAAGCAUGAUGAUGCUUAUGAGCAACAUAUUGAUGAGGAAAACACUAAGAGCACUUGUGAGGACGACAGCAUUGAUGACACUCUGCAUGAUAGACAACAACAUGGUAUGUUCAUGGAUACAUGCCUUCAACCUGUUGAUAUAGCUCAGGAGGUUUUAGACCAACACUUUGACGGAAUCAUUUCUGUGGCACCUGGGGAAACAAAUAAUCCUGUGAGGCUUCUAUGUGAUGAAUCUAAUGAGGCUAAGUGUUUUCCAGUUCUUUUUCCAAAAGGCACAGGCACUUUUCAUGAUACAAGGCAAGAAAACCUCACAUUGUGUAGAUAUUUAAAUACAAGAAUACUGAAUGCAGAUGGGCGGUUUGCAAAAAACUUGGACUUUUUAUUUUAUGGCCAAUAUAUAUCAGAGUUAAAUCAAGUUAUAUCAAAUGUUUCAAUUGCUUUGAGGAAAGGACAUGACACAAUCAAAAGAGAUGUUACUUCAGAAAUGUUAACAAACAAAGACUCCCUACAAAGGAUUUUGAAUGUUGAUGAAGGCUACAAAUUCCUCAAACCCAUAAGAGGGACCCCUGUUUUCUGGCAAAGUGUUCAGAAAGACUUGUUCGCCAUGGUGAGGCAGCUGGGUAUUCCUACAUGGUUUUGUUCAUUCUCGUCUGCUGAUCUGCGAUGGCCUGAACUACUUCAAACAAUCCUGAAACAAGAGAGAAAAGAAGUAGCAGUUGAUGAUCUUGACUGGUCAGAACGAUGCGCUCUGUUGAAGACCAACCCAGUGACAGCUGCUAGAAUGUUUGACCAUCGAUUCCACUGCUUUCUUAAAGAUGUGAUUAUGUCUGAAGCACAGCCAAUUGGUAAAAUUGUGGACUACUUUUACAGAGUAGAAUUUCAGCAGCGUGGCUCACCUCACACUCACUGCUUGUUCUGGGUGGAAAAUGCUCCUCAGAUUGAUAAAGAUGAUGAUGAUGACGUUGUAGCAUUUGUUGACCGUUAUGUUACAUGUGAAAUGCCACCAGAUGAUGACACAGAAAUGCAUGAAAUUGUAUCCAGUGUCCAACAACACAGCAAAAGACAUUCAAAAACAUGCAAAAAGAAAGGAACACCAUGCAGGUUCAAUUUUCCACGUCCUCCAACUAACAGAACAUUUAUCACAAGAUGCAAAACUGAUGAACUUGAAAAGGAUCAAAAAUGAAACAGUGUGCGAAUAGAAAAAGAUUUAGCGGAAUCUAUUCUAAAAGGGGUAAAGAAUGCUUUACUGAGUUCUGAGCAUAACUUUGAAUCUGCUGAUGAUUUAUUUGCUUCACUUGGAAUAAAUCAGGAAAUAUUUGAAGCUGCUUACAUACGCAUGACGAGAAAAACUAGUGUUCUUUUGAAGAGAAAACCGUGUGAUGUGUGGGUGAAUCAAUAUAACCGAGACCUUUUACUUGCAUGGAAUGCAAAUAUAGACAUUCAGUUUGUGGUUGAUGCAUAUUCCUGUAUUGUGUACAUCAUCUCCUGCAUUUCCAAAGCAGAAAGAGAGAUGGGACUGCUGUUGUCACAUGCUCAGAAAGAGGCUUCACAACAAGGAAAUUUAGAUGCCAAACAAGCUUUACGCAAACUGGGCAGUGUUUUCCUACAUAAUCGUGAAGUUUCAGCUCAGGAAAGUGUUUAUCGCCUCACUAACAUGAAACUAAAACAAGGAUCUCGCAAAGUGCAGUUUGUUCCAACUGGAGAUGCUAUCAGAAUGAGUCUACCCCUCAAUGUGUUACAGAGGAAAGCUGAAUGUGGUGAUGAAGACAGCCAAAACAUUUGGAUGCACAGCAUCAGUGACAGAUAUAAAGGAAGGCCUAAAACUACAGAAUUUGUGGAAAUGUGUCUAGCAACAUUUGCAUCUGAGUACAGAGUACUGUCACAAUCUGAGAGCUCAUCCACUGACUGCAUAAAGCUGGACAAAGGAUUAGGCUUCAUAAAGAAAAGGUCACACACAGACGCUGCUGUUGUUAGAUAUGCCCGUUUCUCACCAACAAAGAAUCCAGAGAAAUAUUAUCAAAGUAUUUUGCAGCUGUUUUUGCCUCAUUAUUCACAUGAUCAGUUGAAACCCAACAAUUUCAAUACUUACCAGGAAUUUUAUGAGACCGGGUUUGUAAAAUUUUCUGAUGAACUACUUUUAGUGAAAAAUAUAGUGGAUUCUAACAUGGCAAUGUUUGAGAAAGAAGCUGAUUCCAUACAUGAAGCUCAAGAACACUUAGAGAGAAAUGGUCCAAUGGAGGAUGCAUGGGCAGAAAUCUGUCCAGAAACUGAACAUGAGCGAUUAGAAUGUAUUGCUAUGAAAUCAGUGCAAGAGGCAGAAAUUGGGGAAAGUAAUGAUAUCAUACCAGAUCUGCUACCAAAGGAAACCAGUGUGGUACAAGAUAAUCCUUGUGGUAUACCAAAGAAAGAAGCAGUGGCUUUGCUUCGUUCACUCAAUGAAAAACAGUCUCAAAUAUUCUAUCAGAUUCAUAACUGGUGUUUACAGAAGGCAUGUGGUGAAAAUCCUGAGCCAUUUCAUGUGUUCAUUUCAGGUCCUGGAGGUGUAGGAAAGUCUGUCUUGAUUAAAGCAAUAUUUUAUGAAGCAUCUCGAAUCCUAUCUGUGUUGUCAGACAACCCUGAUGAGAUACACAUACUAUUAACAGCUCCAACUGGUGUCAGUGCCUACAACAUCAAUGCUGCAACAAUUCACACCUUGUUCUCCAUCGGAACAGAUGUAAAAUUGCCUUAUCAACCACUAGGAGAUGACAAAAUAAAUUCACUCAGAGCUAAGAUAGGAAAGCUGGAGAUACUAAUUAUUGAUGAAAUUUCAAUGGUUGAUCACAAACUUCUUGCUUAUGUUCACGGCAGACUGAGACAGAUCAAACAGACAGGUGAUUUCUCUGCUUUUGGAAAAGUAUCAGUUAUUGCAGUUGGAGACUUCUAUCAGCUUGGUCCUGUAAAGGGAAAACCUCUGUAUGCUGACUCUGUAGGUGUGAAUCUAUGGCAGAACCAUUUUGCUUUGGCUGAGCUCACAGAUAUAUUGAGACAAAAAGACGUGGAAUUUGCACAGUUACUCAAUCGGUUAAGGAAACGCAAAAGAACUGAUGCAAUGCUGGAACAUGAUAUCUCAAUGCUGAAGCAGCGUGAAACAGGUGAAGGAGAGGACAGAACUGAUCUCCAUAUUUAUGCAACUAAUGAGGAAGCUAAUGAUCACAAUAGGCACAGGUUGUAUAAAACAUGCUCAGACCCUGUUACCAUUCAUGCACAAGACUUUGAAAGGGUUGCUAAAACUGGUCGACUGGAAAGAAUACACGGCCAUCAUGCCCAUGUUUCCAAAACAUGUCUGACACAAUCACUUCAUAUAGAUGUCAAUGCACGGGUCAUGCUUGUCAAAAACAUUGAUGUUUCAGAUGGACUAGUAAAUGGUGCUUUUGGUACAGUUAAUGAAAUAUGCUUUGAUAGUGAAGAUCAAUUUCCAUCAAAAAUAUACGUAACAUUUGACAAUGAAAGGGCAGGUAAAACGAUAAGAACAAAGAAACCAUGCUUCAAACCUGGUCUAGAAAAAGCAACACCAAUUGAACCAGAGGAAGAGAGAGUGACCAAGAGUGGGGGCAUACGGCGUCAGUUUCCUUUUAAAUUAGCUUGGGCUUGCACUAUCCAUAAAGUACAAGGCUUAACUGUGGAAAAGGCUGUUGUGUCACUCAAAAAGAUCUUUGCAGCUGGACAAGCAUAUGUGGCUUUGAGUCGUGUCACGUCUCUGUCAGGCCUUAUAAUAGAAGAUUUCAAUGAGAAAGCAAUAUAUGCCAAGCAAGACAUUGAAGGUUUCAUGCAGAGCAUGCCUGCAUUUAUUCAGUCAGACUCAGCACCCUUACUGCCAUCAUGCAAGAUACUUCUGCACAAUGUACAAGGACUGUCAUAUCACCUGGAAGACCUAAAACAAAACAGAAGGUAUAUGGAAGCUGAUAUCAUUUGUGUGACUGAAACUUGGUUAAAAUCAGACCACUGUGCAGCUGAUGCACAAAUAUCUGGAUUUGUAUUUCAUAGCAGACCAAGGUGUGUUUCAUAUGACACGAGUGAAAGAAUGUUUGCUGAACUAAAGGAGCAACAACAUGGUGGUGUUGGUCUGUAUUACAAGGAGCAUAUGAAUUGUAGUGUUGUUCAGUCACCAUGUGUGAACUUGGAAUGCCUGCAGUUUGUGAUUCCUCAUCUUAAUACAACAGCAGCAGUUUUGUACAGACCACCUUCAUACAACUUGCAAGCAUUUCAUAACAACCUGAUAGAUUUGAUCCAACACAUUGACAACUUUCCUGGAGGAAAAGUUAUCAUGGGAGAUUUCAAUGAAAAUCUUCUUACAACAAGCACAGUUAAUGGAAUCAUGCAACACUAUGGCUUUACUCAAGUUGUAGAAGAAGCAACUACUGAAAGUGGAACAUUAAUUGAUCACGUUUAUGUAAAAGAUAUAACUAGCGAUAGCGUUAAAGUGUCCAUAAUGCCAACGUAUUUCAGCUACCAUGAAUCUGUUUUUGAAUCGCUGCAAGUGCUAUUUCUAUUGGUGCUAGCUGUUUUCCACUCCCGAUUGUCUGUGCGACAUUCACUGCUGCUGUCCUACUCUGCUCCUUGGCUGACUGCGGCGGCACUCACCGCUGCUGUCCUGCCCUGCUCCCCGGCUGUCUGCGGCGGCACUCACCGCUGCUGUGCUGCUCUGCUCCCCGGUUGUCUGCAGCGGCACUCACCGCUGCUGUCCUGCCCUGCUCCCCGGCUGUCUGCGGCGGCACUCACCGCUGCUGUGCUGCUCUGCUCCCCCGCUGUCUGUGGCGGCAUUCACUGCUGCUCUGCUACCCUGCUCCCUGGCUGUCUGUGGCGGCAUUGA